AUGAAUUCGCAACAGACAGAACUGGGUCAGGACUCGUAUUCGGCAAAUAGCACGGGGGGCUCACCACAGCAUGAAGCCAGAUAUUUUUCUUCAAAAAGAGCUCGUGAAAUUCAAGCUGAAGAAGGAAUAACGUCUCCCUAUCGAUCUGCAGCUCUUCCUCCUCCCUCACUUUCGACUAGCGGCGCUUUUAAUAAUGGAACUCUAUUAUCGGAUUCGAACUCUGCAUCAGCAAUUGAAUUUCUUAAGUCUGUCAACAAUAAAUCAGUGUCAAACUCCAAUAGCACUAGCAGUAAUGAUCAUCUUACGCCAUAUCCUCAGUCCUUCCGCCGUGCGCGUGCUGAUACUUUACCAUCAAAUUUAUCUGGUGGUAGAUCACCAUUUUCAGUUGGUCAUCACACUUCAUCAUCAUUAGUCAAUCAAGCAAAUCAAGCAAAUCAAGCACCAACAAAUUUACUCUCGCCACCAAAAGCCUCUUCGCGUCUUCGAUCAGGUUCACUAACGUUACCCUCAUCUUCUCUUUCUGCUGCUUUUGGACCAUCUAUAUUCACUACUGGAUGGUCGGAUCAUCGUAAUGAAAAUAAUGGCCCUCCAACACCACCCAUGCCCACGCCCACCACAGGUGAAUUACUUCGUGGUGAUGAAAAUAAUACUGUCAGUAAAACUUUAGACUAUUUGGGUCUGGAUGAUCAUGAACAUGCGUCAUUGGGAGGUUUACCAAAACACGCAGGAAAUUCCAAACUCUCCCAGAUCAAAGUAGAUAUGAAACAGUCUAAUUCUCCAUCAUAUUCUCAAUCUGGACCAACUAUAUCAGCCAUACCGGCACUUCGUCGUGAUGCCAACCGUAUUCGAUCAUAUUCAGUUUCAGCCACUGCUAAAUAUGAUGAUCCGCCCACUCCAACUGCAUCGAUCGCAGCCAAUACGUUAUUUCCUCCUGGUAAUGCUGCAGUUCAACAAUUUCAUCAAACACAUUCACGACCUCGAGCUAUUUCUUUAGGAAUUUUGGAUUUACCGAAUGAAAUUAUGGUGCUACGAGGAAGAAAUGGACAAAUUUAUGAAAUGACGGAAACACAACAAUCGAUCAAUAAUGGAGGUGGAGUUCCUCCUCGGUCAUUAGGCGGAGAACAACUAUUAGGUAUGAUGGUGAGUGGAAUGAUGGAAGGCAAGAAAAAACAACAGCAACAGAUUCACGUCGAAGAGGAAUAUCUGAUGGACCAUGGUGAUCUUGAGAGUACUCCCCCACCCCAAACUCCAACCAGAUCUUUGUGGAUUGGAAAUAUCGAUCCUUCUCUCACUACACAGGAUCUCAAUCAAUUGUUUUCUCCAUUUGGAAAUAUCGAAAGCCUACGUCUACUACCAGACAAAGAAUGCGGUUUUGUGAAUUUCGCUCGCGUAGAAGACGCUGUUCGUGCCAAAGAUGAUAUAAUGAAUCGAAUGGGGGGAAGAGUUGGAAACUGCAUUGUUCGUGUAGGAUACGGGAAAUCCGAUGCAUUAAAUUCACAUGAUCUUUCACUUUCCUCUCAAACUCAAUUACAACCGACUCGGGCUCUUUGGGUCGGGAAUAUACCCACGUCUACCACGCCACAGACUCUCCAGAAUAUCUUUUCACCAUAUGGAGCCAUUGAAUCUGCACGUGUUCUUACGCACAAGAAUUGCGGAUUUGUUAAUUUUGAGAAAUUAGAUGAUGCUAUCAAAGCAAAGAAAUCAUUACACGGAAAAGAAGUUCUUGGAAGUGCAGUUGGGCCUGUAAAAAUCGGGUACGCAAAAGUACAGUCAAAACCUUCGCCUUCAUCAUCCCCUGAGCCUGAAUCUCCCACCAUUCAUCAUGAGCCUGAAAAUUAUAAUAACAUGAUGAUGAUGCUGAUGGUUAAUGCCUCGGGCGGUUUGACAGAAAAGCAGUUGAUGAUGCGUGAAUUAAGUGGUGGUCUCGAUGAUGAUAUAGACGAUGUAAAUGAUAACCGACCACCUACCAAUUACUUCACUUCUAUUCCACCUGUUCGUGAUCCCAAUCCUAAUCGUAAACCUGAUGCAUCUAGACUAAGGGAAAUCAGAAAGCGUCUUGACAGUGGACAUUGCUUAGCCAAAGAAGUUGAAGCCCUCGCUUCUGAAGUUCUUGAAGAAUGUGUAGAAUUAUCAAGUGAUUACAUUGGAAAUACCGUAAUUCAAAAAUUGUUUGAAAGAUGUUCCGAUAAUACAAAGAUGAAGAUGCUCGAGAAAAUUGCACCUCACAUGGCCACCAUAGGUAUUCAUAAAAAUGGAACUUGGGCAGCACAGAAAAUCAUUGAUUGCGUAAAGACACCAUCACAAAUGAAUAUUAUCACUACAAAAGUCAAACCAUAUACGCCCCCGUUAUUACUUGAUCAAUUUGGGAAUUAUGUGGUUCAAUGUUGCCUCCGAUUGGGGACUCAAAGAAAUCAAUUUAUUUUUGAUGCUAUGGUAGACAGAUGCUUAGAAGUCGCACAAGGACGCUUUGGAGCGCGUGCAAUGAGGGCUUGCUUAGAGAGUCAAUAUGUCAGCAAAAAACAACAGAAACAAGUUGCCAUUGCUAUUGUGAUGAAUGCUGUCCCUCUAUCAACCAAUCCCAAUGGAGCUCUCUUAUUGACGUGGCUUCUCGACACAUCAUCUUUCCCUGGUCGAUAUCGUAUUUUGGCACCAAGACUUGCAAAUCAUUUAGGACAUUUGUGCACACACAAACUCGCGUCACUUACCGUUCUUAAAAUCAUCAAUCAACGACAAGAACCAGAUGCACGUGAUAUAACAAUAUCAUCUCUGUUCUGUUCACCUAAUGACCAAGUUUUAGAGGAUGUUCUUAACGACCAAGUUCAUGGAGUUGGUGUGGUGCAAAAAGUAUUAGGUAGUCCUUAUAUUGAUCCAUUAGAGAGACAAAGAUUAGUGGAGAAAGUAAGAAUAGUAUUAGGGAAAUUAAAAGUUCAGCAAGUUCAAGGAUAUAAACGUUUAUUAGAAGAAUUAGGAAUGAUUGGAGAUCCAACUAUUAACGGAGUUCAUUUAAGUGCACUCUCUCCGCCAUUAGGAAUUCCACCGCAAGGACUUUAUCCUGGUCCUGUACCCCCAGAUUUCGCUGCUGCCGCCGCCGCCGCCGCUUAUUAUGCUGCAGCUCAAGCAGCAUAUGCAAAUCAACAUAUGCAACAACAGCAGCAGACAUCUGUUACAACUCCCUCAUCAGAGAAUCCUACUUCCUCGCCACUUGAUCAACUUUCACCUACUGCUAUUCUUUCUCCUUCUAAUGAAAAUUCAUCGACUCCAUCAUCAUCUGCUCAAAUUUCAUCGACUCAAUCUGGAAAUUAUCCACCGCCAACUCCAAUGUUCAUGAAUAAUAUUCCAAUGUCUCCUCAUCCUCAUUCACCAUUUCCACAAGCAUCUCCAUAUCCACACAUGAGUCACUUUCCAACAUUCAUUCAUCCUACAGCUUUGGCGGCUGUUGCUGCUGGCAUGUAUGGACAUCCGGCUGCAAUGUUUAAUCCAAAUGCUUAUCCUUAUAUGCUCGCCUCCAGUGGAACUAUUCCUCCGCCGAUGAACACUGGACCACCAACUCCUUCUUCGAUAAGUAAUCCCCAGAUGCUUGCAUUUUUCCAACAACCGUUAUCAUCACAACACCCACAGCAGCAAUCGCUGCAACAAGAACAACAGCCGCUACAAACAUCAAACGGAAGUGAUUCACAAGUACAAUCAUCUCCUCCCUUAGUGAUCAUCGAUUCUCUUGCUCAAUCUUCAACGGAUGACAAUAAUGUGAAAAUAGAAGAGCAAGAACAAUAA